GCCUUGUGCAUGUGACUGAAACAACUUCUUCCCACCUCAAGUCAUCCAUUGAUUCUCUUCUUGCAAAGUUUAAAAUAAGCUUAAAGCAAUGUCGAGGCCAAGGAUAUGAUGGUGCUAGCAAUAUGCGAGGUGAGUUGAAUGGCUUGCAAUCUUUGAUCUUGAGAGAUAGUAAAGCAGCUUAUUAUGUGCAUUGCUUUGCUCACCAACUUCAGUUAGUUAUUGUGGCAACCAUGAGAAAGCAUAAAGGUGUUAGCAAUUUUUUGAACAUGAUUUCUAUCUUACUAAAUGUGGUGGGUGGAUCGGCUAAAAGAAGGGACAUGAUUAGAGAUAUCAAUUAUGAGCAAGGACAAAAGGCUUUAGGUUGUGGGCAACUUGAGACUGGGACAGGGUUAAAUCAAGAGCAAUGUCUUCAAAGACCCGGAGAUACAAGAUGGAGUUCUCAUUAUAAAACUCUAAAAAGUUUAGUCAACAUGUUUCCUACAAUAGUUGAAGUGCUAAAGGUUGUUGAAAAGGAUGAUAGAGAUUGGAAGAAUAGAGAUCAAGCAUCAAAUCUUUUGGUAUACUUCCAAUCUUUUGACUUUGUCUUCUAUUUGCAUCUCUUAUUGACUACUUUAACUGCCACAAAUACAUUGUCAUUAGCAUUGCAACGCAAGGAUCAAGACAUUGUGAAUGCCAUUGGAUGUGUGCAUUCCACUAGACUCCAUUUACAUGAUCUUAGAAGAGAUGGUUGGGACAAACUAUUAGAUGAAGUGAAUGAGUUUUGUGACUUGCAUGAAAUAGAUAGAGUGGAAAUGGAAAGUACAUAUAUUGAUCCUCGACAGCCUAGAAAAAAAUCAGGAAUUACAAACAAGCAUCACUAUGCAGUGGAUUGCUUUAAUGACAUUAUUGAUUGGUUAGUUCAAGAGCUUGAUAACCGAUUUAGUGAGACAACCUCUCAAUUGCUUGUUUGCUCAGCCGCUUUCAAUCCAAGAGAAUCAUUUCAAGCUUUCAAUGGGGAGAAUUUGAUGAGCUUAGCGAAACUGUAUCCUGAUGAUUUUAGCAAUGAUGAUUUGAGGGACCUUAGCCACCAACUUCGCCUUUAUAUUGCUGAUGUGAGAGCAGAUGACAGAUUCUCCAACAUAAACACUAUUGGUGAGCUCUCUCAAAAAAUGGUUGAGACAGGGAAAUAUCGUUUGUACCCAUUAGUCUAUCGACUUUUGAAGCUUGUGCUAGUAUUGCCUGUCGCCACAGCAACAGUUGAGAGAUGUUUUUCCAGCAUGAAGAUUGUGAAAACAAGUUUGUCUAAUCGUAUGGGUGAUGAACACCUAAGUCAUAGACUUAUUUGCUACAUAGAGAAAGAAGAAAUGAAGAAAGUUAGCAAUGAGGCUGUGGUUCAUCGUUUCAUGACAAUGGAAGGAAAAGGGCGUAAAUAUGAUCUCUAAGAGGUUCGAUUAUAUAUUUUGCUAUAUGGAACAUCUUUUGUCAACGUUUUGGGUUUUUGGCUAAAGUGAUCAAUGUCGUGUUUAUUUAAUUAUUUUGCUACGAACUACAGAUUGUGACUGGUGAGUGUUGUUUUCUAGCCUCUACUAGUUUUCGUAUUGUAUGUAUUGACUAAAUUGGCAUUGCCAUUAUUAGAAUACAUUAUCCUUUAUUUGAAUAUCA